AUGAUUGGAAAUGCGGAACACAUACAAUCUUUGCAUACAAAAUAUAUAGAGCGAUGUAUGAUGCCUACAGCUCCUAUCUCACUUCACAAAACCUCCGACCUACAGAAAUUCCAGAAAAUAAAAUUUUCACAGCUAAUAUUAAACUUCCCGAAUUGGAUCUUACAGCAACUAAAUUUGAGUUUAAAUUUAAUAAAGAGGAAGAAAUCACAUCUUUCGCAUAUUUUCAUUACGGUCAUUCUUACCCUUGCACUCAACUGCAAACUUCAACAAUUCAGUAGUUUAAUUGCCCUAGACGGGCUUCUUUUGCAAGUGAUCAUAAAAAUCGGGGACAGUCUCUGUUGGGAUGAAAAAGGUUACACUCAAAAGCCUAAUUUUUCAUGCCAGGGUGACUUGUAUAUCUAG